AUGACUGUGGUGCUGGCCUUCCUGGCCACCAAGCCAGGGAGCAACGUCAAGAGAUGGCUGGGGAAGUGUUUGGCUAAUGCGAUUGUAUUUUCCUGUUCCAGUGUCCAAGUUGUCAUCUGCACCAUCUGGUUGGGUACCUUUCCACCCUUUCCUGAUUCAGAUAUGCAUUCCCAGCCUGGUGAGAUCAUCCUGCAGUGCAACGAAGGAUCUGUCCUCAUGUUCUAUGCUGCCCUUGGCUACAUGGGCUUCCUGGCUGCCAUCUGCUUCACGGUGGCUUUCCUAGCCAGGAAGCUGCCUGCAGCCUUCAAUGAAGCCAAACUGAUCACCUUCAGCAUGCUGGUCUUUUGCAGUGUCUGGGUGUCCUUCUUGCCUUCCUACCUGAGCACCAAGGGGAAAUACAUGGUAGCCGUGCAGGUCUUCUCCAUCUUGGCCUCCAGUGCCGGGUUGCUGGGCUGCAUUUUUAUUCCCAAGUGUUACAUUAUUGUAUUGAGGCCUGAACUGAAUACAAAGGAGCAUCUCAUAAUCAAAUCCAAACUUGGCAUCUGA